UGCCUUUUCCCUUUUUUUUACGCUCCUGCGUCCUGGACUCCAGCUGUUUUUUCCUCCACGCGGCGUGGACGUAGAGAUGCUCUCGCGCGCGUGUUUCUUUAAAAGUCGUUUGUUUCCGUGUCUGUUGUUCUUUGAAAGGAGGGGGGGGCGGCUCUUCCAAUUGCCGUUCUUUGUCCUCCGCCUCAGGAGCAGCCGAGCGACAUGCGCGUCGCCUAGACAGAAGCAGCAGCACGACAGCGAGCGAGUAUGGAGCGCAUCGGGGUGUCCUUCCUCGACCCUUUGGACGACUACGACCUCAUUCACCGGAUCGGGUGCGGCACCUACGGGGACGUCUUCAAGGCUCGGAACAUCCGCACGGCCGAGCUGGCCGCCAUCAAGAUUGUCAAGCUGGACCCAUGCGAUGACAUCACGUCCAUCCAGCAGGAGAUCACCAUGAUGAGGGAAUGCAAGCACAAAAACAUCGUGGCCUACUUUGGCAGCUACCACAGGAGCACCAAACUGUGGAUCUGCAUGGAAUACUGCGGGGGAGGCUCCCUUCAGGAUAUCUACCACGUGACGGGCCCAUUAAAGGAGAAACAGAUUGCCUAUGUCUCCAGAGAAACCCUCCAGGGCUUGUAUCAUCUGCAUGAAACGGGCAAAAUGCAUCGAGACAUCAAGGGCGCCAACAUCCUUUUGACAGAACGAGGGGAUGUCAAACUGGCGGAUUUCGGUGUGGCAGCGGAGAUCAGUGCCUCUGUCGCCAAAAGGAAGUCUUUCAUCGGGACACCCUACUGGAUGGCUCCAGAGGUGGCGGCCGUGGAAAAGAAAGGCGGCUACAACCACCUGUGCGACAUCUGGGCCGUCGGCAUCACCGCCAUCGAGCUCGCCGAGCUGCAGCCGCCCAUGUUCGACCUCCACCCGAUGAGAGCUUUGAUGCUGAUGUCCAAGAGCAGCUUCCAACCACCAAAGCUCAAGGAAAAAAACAAAUGGUCUCCAGUUUUCCAAAGCUUCGUCAAGAUGGCGCUCAUCAAAAGCCCUCGGAAAAGGCCCUCCGCUGAGACGCUGCUACAGCAUCCGUUUGUGACGCAAUUGUUGACCCGCAACCUGGUCGUCGAGCUGCUGGACACCGCCAAGAACCCCGAGCUGCACGCCUCGCACAGCAUGGACGACAACGAGGUGGAGAUUGAGGUUGGAGCUCCGGACAAGAUCCGGUCAGCGGGGAAACACCUGCCUGUCGAGAGAACCGUCUCUGAAGAACAAUUCGGCCAAGUGAAGUUUGGGCCACCGCUGAGGAAAGUGACCGAACCGUAUCCCGAUCUGGGCUCGUACGACGAUGACUGGAGCUUGUCCGGAGAUGAAGACGACUCACCGAGCCUGCUGGAAUGUGUGGAGCAAGCUCUGCAGCUGAGGAGUUUAACCAUAAGGAGGGCGCCAUCUAUUGAUGGAGGGAGGAAGAGCGGCUUGUUCAACUCGACGACAGCCUCCCUGCCCGCCUUUUGCUCGCUAAGCAUCAACACCGCCGACGGAAAUGCGACGCAGAGGCCGAGCUGCACGCUGGGCCCCGACGCCUCCGCGGCGCCCGAUUCGAGCCACUCUUCCGGCGUUUUGGCCCGGUGCUCGGCCACGCGGGACGUCCGGCAGCGCUGCGGCGACCCGUGUCUGCCCGAGGGGGUUACCGUGUCCGCAGAGAUGAGGAAUGCCAGCGCUGAGAAAGAGACGCCGCUCUCCCCUGAAUGGAGCACACUGAGGAAAAAGUCUCAGCGACCUGUGAGUUUCCACCACUGCCAUGUUCACUAUCUUCACACUUGUCUCGUAUGGAAACAGUUUCCUCAUGACCUGAAUGGAACUCUGAAGAGCUUGCUGUCCGAAUGGUUCUCUGUAGGUCUGCUCCGACUAGAGCGGAUCACCUGGCAGUCACCCUGUGAGAUCCUCCAAAAGAUCAGCCAGUAUGAAGCGGUGCACCCUGUUAGGAACUGGGCUGAUCUAAAACGCAGAGUGGGGCCAUACCGUCGUUGCUAUGCCUUCACCCAUGCUGCCAUGCCCGGGGAGCCUCUGGUCGUGCUGCAUGAGAAUGUCGACCAACACCUUAUUCUCGGGGCAGAGGAGGGAAUCUACACACUCAACCUGAACGAACUUCACGAAGAUACACUAGAAAAGCUGCUCCCCCAGCGGUGCACGUGGCUGUAUGUGAUGAACAACGUGCUGAUGUCCGUGUCAGGAAAAUCGUCACAGCUUUAUUCCCACAGUCUGCCGGCCUUGUUCGAGCAGAAGGGACAUUUGGCCAAAAAACGUGGCAGUCUGUCGCUGGGCACGAGCCGUUUCACGGAAAAGAUCGGCACGAGAAAAUUUGCCUUAUCCAUGAAGAUCCCCGACACGAAAGGCUGCAGGAGAUGUAGCGUCGCUCGCAACCCGUACACAGACAGUACAUUUUUAUGCGGAGCGGUUCCGUCCGGCCUUGUUCUGCUCUUGUGGUACGAGCCCCUGCAGAAGUUCAUGCAUCUCAAGCACCUGGCGGCCAAGCUGCCCGACUCCCUGGCCGUAUUUGAGAUGCUGGUGUUGGUGAGCGACGAGUUCCCCCAGUUGUGCGUCGGGGUGAGGGACUGCGCCGAUGGCAAGCUCAAGUUUGAUAUCAUCGAGCUGAAUGGCACGCCCAUUUCAGAGCCAGAAAACGGAGCUGCCGAGGCCGUCCAGGUCACCCAGUUGGACCGAGACACCGUUCUCAUUGCGUUCGAAAAAACAGUCAAGAUCGUUAACCUCCAGGGCCUUCCGUCCAAGGAGCUAGCUGCUGAAAUGCUCUUUGACUUCCCCAUUGAAACGCUCGUUUGCUUGCAGGACAGCGUGCUCGCUUUCUGGAAGCACGGACUGAAGGGAAGGAGCUUUCACUCCAAUGAGGUAACGCAAGAAAUUACAGACGAGAGUCGAGUAUUCAGAGUUUUGGGAACCAACCGGGACAUCAUUCUUCAGAGCACACCGACCAACGAGCCCUCGGCACUGAGCAACGUCUACAUUCUGACAGGCCACGAAAGCAGCUAUUGAAACUUGCCUGCAGCGAGGAUAAAAUGAGCAUCCGGAACGUAUGGACUGCAUUGCAAAUGUGCAGAUGCGUUGUACUUGAGAGAAGUUACUGUCUCGCCAGUUGAUUUUGUGCUAAGCUUCUGAAGGCUUCGAUAUCUAUUUUAACCUGAAUGUACUGCCCGUAGGCCGGUUGGCACAACUGGAGCCACGUCCUUUUCAUGCUGUACGCACUCUGCGGUCCCGCGAGACAAUGUCACCGCGACUGCGCGAGACUGAAUCAAGCCAAGUACUUUACAUGUUGUUCCGACGCCUGUGCUUUAUUGAAAUAUGAAUAAGUACGGUUGUCAUUUUAUGAAAAAAGGAGAGACUAGUGCUCACUGUAAAUAGUGGGAGGUAUUUAUUGUAGUUUACUUAUCUAAACAUGGGCAACUCGCACCUGAGAGACUCCGAUUAAGUCGUAACGUACGUUCCACUACACUGAAAGUGUUUUUCUAUCAUAUUUAUAUUAUUUAUGGAACACGCACUGUACAGGUAAACGCUCACUUGUGCCUGAAAUACUUGAAGAUAAUUUGCAUGCAACCAUGUUUUGAAGUUCAUAUAACAUUUUUACACUAUGCUUGUAAUGUGUAGUGUUUUUUUUUUCAUAACAUAAAAUAUUCAUGUUUCACUGUCACUCAUAUCCUUGACAGAGGUUAUGUCACGUUGAUGGUUGAUGCUGGACCUAUUAUGAAAUAUCGUACAACGUAUCACAAAUGAAAUAAACAUAAUGAUUCUAUUUC